AUGAGUGACAGUACUCCGGUCACAAGUGUAAGGAAAGGUGCAUGGACAAAAGAAGAGGAUUUUCUACUCACAAAAUUUGUGAAGAAGCAUGGUGAAGGCAAAUGGCAUCAGAUCCCUAUCAAAACAGGGUUGAAAAGGUGCAGGAAAAGCUGCAGGCUAAGAUGGUUGAACUAUUUGAAACCAGGAAGAAAGAGAGGACCGUUUUCUGAUGACGAAAUCGACCUCGUUUUAAGGCUUCGUAAGCUCUUAGGAAACAGAUGGAGUUUGAUCGCCGGCAGAAUACCUGGGAGAACUGCUAACGACGUGAAGAACUACUGGAACACCCAUCUUCACAAGAAGCUUCUUCUAUCUAUUUCCGAUGAUGAUGAUGAUGACGUGGCAGAUGAUGAUGAUGAUGUGGCAGAAGAUGUAGAGGGUGAUGACGUGGCUGGCGGCGAAGGGGACAAAACCCUGAAGAAGCCAGAACACUACUACGAGAUCGCAGCUUCCUUAUUAGUGGAAUCGCCAAAUGAAAUCGCGUUUCAAGGAUUCCGUGAAGGGUCGACGUGGAAUAUGCUGACGUGGCAGGAAGAAGAACGAUCGAAUUUUGGAUAUGGAAAUGACAACUCUGCCCCUGAUGCUGCCCUGGAUGGGUGGAGCGAUCUAUCGGAUCUUCACAUGGGCAUUUGGGACUUUUGGACUUGA